AUGUCCACCUCUGAAGCAACCCCACCAAGCACCUCAGGCUCGACCUUCAAACGACGCCGUCUCUCCCCACCCCCCAACGCCAACCAGCCGCUCUACUCGCUCGACGAUGACGAGCACAGCCACGACCCGUCAUCGUCCUCCUCGCUCUACGUCCCCGUCAAGAAACGACGCGAGGCCCUCCUAUCGAAGCUAGCAACGAAACAAUUGGGCGUCGCAGCGAGCGUGCUGGAGAAGCAGCAGAUGGUCGAGAAGGAGUUGCAGGAGGAGCAGGAACGCGAGCAGCGCGAGGGCAAGAAGCAGCGUGGGAAUGCUCAGACCUUGUUGAUCGAGGCACAGGAGGUCAAGAGGUUGAAGGCGAUGCAGGGUAGGCCAGAUCCGAACGGCGGAACAUGAUCACACCAGCAGCGCAGGACGGCAUGGCGCUGACGUACACCUUUCGCCGCGCGCUCGCACACCCCCUCCGAUCGCGAGCGAUUACAGAUGCCGUCAAGACCGAUGCCGACAAGAGGAAAGAGGAGGAAGACGCCAUUCUGGCCGCACAGGCUGCUAGACAAAAGGCCCUGGCCGGUGCGGAGGAGAUCGCACAGGGUAUCGUCUACACCGAGCGACUCAAGACGACGUGGGUCUCUCAGGCAAGAAUCUCUCCGAGUCCGACCCGUUGCUGACGUGAUCUCCUCCUUCCUCCCAUGUUGCUCAGAUGGACAGCACCCAAGUUUAUUCGAGAACGGUCGGAAGAAGAGAAUGACAAGAUUCGAGAUCAGUUCCACAUCCUCGUCGCCGGGGACGAUGUGCCACCACCGAUCCCAAACUUUAGGGCCAGUCUCUCACAGUCACGUGCUAUUUCGCGUAAAGCGUUUACUGAUCUUAUCCAUCUUCCUCCAUCACAGGACAUGAAACUGCCUAAGCCUCUGCUCGAUCACUUGAAGAAAAAGAAGAUUCUUGCUCCGACGCCGAUUCAGCUUCAAGGGAUACCCGUAGCGUGAGUCCCAUCCUUCGCGUAACACUGGCCGCCCUCAUGCUCAACCCUGACCUCGUCGCCCACGCGGCGCACAGCUUCUCCGGCCGUGAUAUGAUUGGAAUCGCCUUCACUGGAUCCGGAAAGACACUCGCUUUCUCACUGCCUUUGCUCAUGUUUGCUCUGGAGGAGGAGAAGCGCAUGCCGUUCAUUCAAGGCGAAGGGCCUGUCGGAAUUAUUGUCUGCCCUUCGGUGAGCACGAGUGCUACUACUAGGCCGAGCCGAAAGCGCAGUACUAACCAUAUUUUGGCCUGGCCAUAGCGCGAGUUGGCACGACAAACGUUCGAUGGUCUGGCCGAAAUGGCGCAACUGAUGGCGCAAGGCGGUUACCCCGAAGUGCGUGCCCUGCUCUGCAUCGGAGGCAUCAACAUGUCCGAACAAGGGCACAUCAUGUCGCGCGGAUUCCACAUGGUCGUCGCCACUCCAGGUCGAUUACAGGACAUGCUCGAGAAGCGCAAGUUCGGUCUAGCCGGAUGCAAGUUCCUUUGUCUCGACGAGGCCGAUCGUAUGAUCGACAUGGGGUUCGAAGAUGAUGUCCGCAACAUCAUGUCUUUCUUCAAACACCAACGUCAAACGCUCUUGUUCUCCGCGACGAUGCCGAAACGAAUCCAGGAUUUCGCGCAACAAGCGUUGGUGCAACCGAUUGUGGUCAAUGUCGGUCGCGCGGGUGCGGCGAGUAUGGAUAUCAUUCAGGAGGUCGAGUAUGUCAAGCAGGAGGCCAAGAUGGUGUAUCUGCUCGAGUGUUUGCAAAAGACUGCCCCGCCGACGAUCAUCUUUAGUGAUAAUAAGAACGAGGUCGAUGGUACAUUCCCUUCCGUGGUGGACAUGUUGAGAUCUUACCGUCGUGCUGACCUGUGCAUCGUUGCCUGCAGAUAUUCAAGAGUACCUUUUGUUGAAAGGUGUCGAGGCUGUUGCCAUUCACGGAUCCAAGAGUAAAUCACGGAUCCCCACCUGCUUGAAACUCCAGCCCAGAUACUUACUCUUCUUUAACCUUCACCCUCCCACAGCCCAAGAAGAACGCGAAUACGCCAUCAAAUCCUUCAAGACCGGUAAGAAAGACGUCAUGGUCGCCUCGGGCGUUGCCUCAAAGGGACUCGAUUUCUCCGAGAUCCAACAUGUCAUCAACUUCACCAUGCCCAAGGAGAUUGAAGAUUACGUGCAUCAGAUCGGUCGUACGGGUCGUUCGGGCAAGACGGGUAUCGCGACGACGUUCGUGAACAUGCAGACCGCUGAACAGACGCUGUUGGAUCUGAAGUACUUGUUGAUGGAGGCCAAACAAAAGUGGGUGUUUGGGAAUUUGCUUUGUGGGUAUUUGAAGGAGGAAGGCACUGAAUUUGUUACCUUCGUUCUUUCUGCCAGGAUCCCACCCUUCUUGUUGAGCAUCGAGGAUCCCAACGCGGGCAAUACGUCCGGUUGCGCCAACUGUGGUGGUGAGCAUCAUUUCACAAUCGCGCGAGUCUCGCAUUUCUUGAAGCUGAGCACCUCCUUGCCCAACAGGUCUCGGUCACUCAAUCGCGAAUUGCCCCAAGCUCGAAGAGAACCAACGGCGGACGGUCGCGGGUCAUGUCGGUGGACGAGAUACGGGCGGAUACUAG